AUGAAAAGAAACUCACAGCAAAGGAGUGUGCAGAUGAAUACAGCAACAUGGCAAUCUGAACUCUACGGAAUUUCUAAUGAAGGUCAUGAUGCUCAUAAAUCAUUCAAUGAUCUAAUCACUAUUAAUAAAAAUCUCGGUUUAACUGAAGUUAAAGAUAUUUUAAUUCGAGAAAUAAAGAUUAGUCACGAUGGAGAUUUUUUUGGCGGAGUAAAAGGUGAAGAAAAAGUAUAUGGUCCCUAUGGGAAAAAAGAAGGAGAAAAAUUUUCUUUACUAAUCAAUAAUGAUCAGCGAACUAGUGUUUUUUAUGGAAAGACAAGCAGUUCUUUAAAAUCACUUGGUAUUCAACAAACACUUCGCCAAUUAACUAGUGAAGAUUUAAUUGCUCAAAUGGAAAUUCCAUCUAAGGGAAAUAACUAA